ACAAAAAACCCUGUUUUCUUAAGUCAAUGAUUUACCUUUAGCUGGCUUUCUGAAUUCUUAAUAAUCAACUUGAGGAACACUUGUCAUAAAUUGCUUAACCACGUGGCACAUCUCUUAUCAGAAAUGAAGGGCAUGGUACAUUUUCAGAAUGUCGACACUCCUUUUAAACAUAAAUAAAACAUCUCUUAUAGUAUUUUUAUUACAUUUUUCUCUAAAGAGAUAUUGAAAUUAAAAUUUUAAUCAUGGAUAGUCUGCUUGCUUUUCCAACCCAGUGCCUUUAGCUGCUGGAGAAGACAGAGCUUUCGAAUUGGGGUCAGGAGAUAAUGGUCCAGAAUAGAUUUUGCCUCUUGGCAUAAUUAUUUCAGCCAGUACUUGAGUCUCUCUGAACAUUAAUGUCCCUUUCCCUUAAAAGAAUUUCUUCAGUGCGCCAUCCAAGUAUAAUUAACCAUGUUUAUAAGCUCUUUUUGAACUUCUUGGAGUUUGGUGGUUGAUAAAUAUUUGUUCUUUUAUUCCUUAGUCUUUGAGAGUUCAGGCCCUUGGCCAAGGGGAUUCAGUACUAGGGGUAUAAAUUUCUUGGUAAAAAUACUACCCAAAGCAAGCGAAGUGUGCCUUAACAGAACUCACCACAGAUGUCCUCGUGUGUCCCCUUCGGCCGGUGGAGCGUUUCCGAGACCUGCAUCCCAAUGAGGUGGCGGAUUUGUUUCAGGUGACCCAGAGGGUCGGGAUGGUGGUGGAGAAGCAUUUCCAGGGGACUUCUCUCACAUUUUCCAUUCAGGAUGGGCCUGAAGCUGGACAGACUGUGAAGCAUGUUCAUGUCCACGUUCUUCCGAGGAAGGCUGGAGACUUUCAAAGGAAUGACAGCAUCUAUGAUGAGCUCCAGAAACAUGACAAAGAAGAGGAGGACGCCCCAACCUUGUGGAGGUCUGAGGAGGAAAUGGCAGCAGAAGCCGCAACCCUGCGGGCCUACUUUCAGUGACUGUGCAGGCACGAAAGUAACUUGAACAAAUCCCAAGGCAUAAGGAAAUGGGCCUCAUUCUCUAGGACGACUCUGCAGCAUUGGAAAUGAAGCUAAGCAGACUUUAUUACAUCCUACAAUUCUGCAACCUUUUGCGAAGCAUUUUAUUACACUUGUGGAAGCCAUCGGGGUUACGUUUCAAUCACGAUGACUGACAGGCUAACUUCAAAAUAACAGCAUCGACAGCCCUUCCACACUUCCUGAGCUAUGUACUUAGAAUAGCACCUUUUCUAAAUUGUCCCUUGGCCUGGAUGGAAAUAAAACAGUAGUUAAAAUAUU